AUGGAUCCCUCUGGUCCCGAUAGCAACAAAGACCUAUCGUUGUCCAGCGACCUUGACCAGCUCUUUCCCCUAGACUCAUUCUCGGACUGUGGCGAUCACUCCCCCACCGACUCCACUUCUAAACGCCAUCGUCAAUCACCGCAACCUUGGACUCAGGAUUGGUCCCUGCAAGACGACGGAACCUCUCUUGACCAGUUUCCUCCCCGUCGCGCUGCAGGAACCACAGGAAUUUCAUCUACCUCGCCUUCCACCCCGCCAGCUACUCCUCGGCGGAAGACGAACAAGAGUGCUCUGGUUACUCCCAAGUCUAUUCGCCAUCGUGACCCGAAUGAGCGCCGGUCACUCCUGCGAAAGCAAUCCUUCUCUCCUAGCAUGAUGCGCUCUUCGAUUCAAAAAGGGAGAAUCGCAUACCCUGACGCCUGGGCUCAAAAGAUCCAGAACCUCGAUUUCACUGGUGCAGACGAGCGUCUCCCAUUGUCGCCUCCGCCAUCGGAUGUCAUAGUCAAGCACGAGAAUAUGACCGCCGACACCAUGUCCCAACACCAUGGCUUGCCAGAAAUGCCUGGCCAAUAUGACUCCCGCCUCUUUCACCCUUCUCCUGCUGUCUCAAUGCCCUCUCCCUCUGCCACUGCAUUCGCACGACACCAGCAAAAAUACAUGAACCACCCCGGCUCCUCGGCCUUGACCAAUUCCAGUCCUCCCUCCGCAGAUGACAUCUUCUCUUCAUCGCAUUCAUCCGAUCCUCAAUCGAUUUCCUCGUGGCAGUCUGAUGCCCUUGGCACUUCUUCACUCUCUUUCACCCCCAAUCUCCAAGCCCAAGAUGCCUCUUGGUGGUCCCCUAUGCCCUCCAGAGUCGCGCAGCAGCAGCAGCAGCAGACUCCUUACCAGCCUAUGGUCACAUCCCCUGCACCCCAGCGCUCCAUGCAAAGCGUCGGCAGUCAAAAUGACAUGAUGCAAGGUGGUUUGAUGAUCCAACUCGACCCGUCGUUUGACAUGUCCGGCGAUUCUUCCUUCUCCUCCAAUGUGGCCUCAAACUCUCAGAAAUUCGUUACUCCCUUCGCCCCUCAGCAAGUCCACACCUCCCGUUCCCCGUCUCUCUCCCCGCGGGCCGGUACAUCACCAAAGAACAAGGGACACCGUCGCACACACAGCCGGAAGCUUUCAGGCCAGAGCAUGAACGGUCCCAAGAUGGCAAAGCCCUCCACCAGCCCCCGUGGGGCAAACAAAUCCGUGAACGUCUCCUUUGUGAACUUCACAGCUAAUGAUAGCCACCGAAUUCUCGGCGGUGUCGCACCUUCUGGCAGCUCCAAGACAAAAGCACGACGGGAGCAAGAAGCCAAGGACCGACGACGCAAACUGAGUGAGGCGGCUCUUCGCGCCGUGCGUAAUGCCGGUGGCGAUGUUGAUGCUUUGGAAGCUGUAUUUUGCUGA